AUGACGCGAGCAUCUGUCCUCGCUGCGCCGCAGAAUACCGACGUAAUUACGCCCCGGGGGCAAAUAUUUGCAGUGAAUGUGAAUGAGGAGCGGCGCGUGCAGUACAGUGCCUUCAACGGCCGAAAUCCCGCCACUGCAAUAAAGACGGCGCCCCAGACCAAGAGGCGACGCCGCAGGAGGAGGAGGCGACAGUGUCCUGCAACCGCGGCGAGCAACGGAGGGGCAGCAGCGAGAGGAGGAGGCAACGCCGCGCGAACAACGGCGGCACCCGGAGGAGAUUCGAAGACGGCCACCGCUCACGUGCGGCUGCCCUCACCCACCGCCUGUGGCAAGGGCGGAGGAGGAGGACGGCAGCGCGACGCAGCGAAUGGGAAGACGGCGGCGACAGCUGGUCCCGACGUCGAGUCGGCCCUCCGGGAGGCGGAAUCACGAUUCCGCAUGGUUCUCCAUGCGGAGAUGGAGGCCGCCUGCCUCACUCUACGUGAAUCCCUUAGCCGCAACACCAACAAGAAGGAGGCGCAGCACCAAGACGACAGGCUGGCAACAACAGCAGCACAGCCCAGUCGCGACCAGGCCACACAAACGGCCUGGCCUAAGAAGAUGACAAUAAGUCGAGCCGCACAGGCCUCGUUAGAAGGCAAGGGAGAAGCGGUUGCACGUCAGGACUCAAGCGUCCAAACCAAGGAGUUCGUCAACUGCAGGGCGGAACUUGUGAACGGCGAACUCCUGGACGACGACAGCCCGCGAGACGAGUACCAGAUGAGCUUCCUGCAAAGCAAGGAGCUCAUAAGAAGAAAGGCGGAAGCCAGAGAAGAGGAGUUCAGAAGAAGGCAAGAGGAGCAAGAGGCGGAGCGUGACAGAAGACGCGAAGCCGCCCUUGCCCGCCGUGAACGCCAGCGCCAACGCUGGCAACACGGCAAAUAA